AAGAGGACGAGUAGUAGCAGGAAUAUAAGCGUCUUCGGUAAGGUCACUAUCCUUAGUCGUUGCGGCAAGGUCAACCGCAAGAUCGUUCGUCUCGGUUGCAGUUCCUUAGGAGGCCUCACGAGCGUCGUGGAAAGUCGUUCGAAAGGAUUAGGAUACACGGACGUAUAUAACGUAACCGGAGAGGAUAAUUUGAAGAAAGAAAGGGUGGUGGGAGGGAACUAAAAAGAGAAAAGAAGAAAAGAAAAUAAAUAAAGAAAGAAAGGAUAGGACAGUAAGAACGAGAGAAUCAGAGGCAGAGGGAUAAAAAGAGAAGAGUAACAAGAGAAAGAAAGAAAGAAAGAAAGAGAGAGAGAGAGAGAGAGAGAGAGAGAGAGAGAAGAGAAAGAGAGAAAGUCUGUUGAGAGUGCGUGUGUGCGAGAAAGAGAAGCGGAAAACGAAUAGACCAAGGAAAAAAACAAAGAAUCAAAAUUCGUAGCAACGAUGAGGUUAAAUAACAUCCCUUCUGCGUUAUUUCGAUAAGAAUAACGUUCGACUACAUUUCGCCGGAAAUAAUAGUAAAAAGAAUCAUUCAUAAAAUUGAAUCGCACGUAGUUAAAUAAUUUCUCGAAAUUCGCAAAGCACAUCAUGUUUUUCAUCAAGAAAGAAACCGGUCGAUAUACGAUCGAUAUGUCUGUUACUAGAAACUUUCGUACUCGUCAAGGGAGGCAAGCUUUAACAGUACUUGUCAUUCUCUUGACAAGCAUAUUUUCAUCGUGCAAGGCUUCGUCGCUGUCAAAGGUCACGGCCGGUGGAUUAGAUGGCACUGAAAAAUUAUGGGAUGAGCGUAGUAACGCUUCGAAAAACGCUUCGGAUUACAAGAGGGACGAGAAUAAGAAUUCAAUAAGACGGGAUUUGCCAGCUUCGCCAGCAGAGCUGUUGAAACCAGACAAAUUUCUAUUCUACACGUACAACGAUCAGGGGAACAUGAUCACGAAGCAAAUGAGUUUACGUGAGAUACAGACUCUAAUCGCAAGUGGAAACGGCGGGCACGUUGCGAUGGAGAUAUAUGAUCCUCAUAAAUCUGGUGAUCUGUUGAAUGGAGAAAAGAAGGUGAUGGAUGUAGUUGAAAAGGUGCAAAAUGUAUUAAAAAGUGCAUUGGAUAAACCAUCGACUAUGGCUGGUUCGUUAUCAACUAUUCCAGAAUACGCAAAUGCCGAAUGGAGUAGCAUUUUACCUGGUAUUCUGACCAAUAGCGAUAUCGAAACUGAUCCUACAUCGGAAGAACCUAAUUACGUAGAAAUUACAAGACCUGAUUCACUUAUGCAAGAGAUAUCGGAAACUUCGUUGAAUCAAGAAACUCAAUUGUCUACGUUAAAACCUCCGAUGUUAACUAAUCCAGAAACAUCUGAACAAUUGGUCAACGGUGUCAUUUCAACAACUAGCAGCUUCCCAUUAACAUCAAUCAUAAAUGAGAAUAAUUUUUCGACGAUUAUUAGUUACGGCGAAACGAAAUCUCCAGAUAAAUAUACUGAGAAACCAAUGAUUCCAGUACCAGUGAUCACUACCGAAGGAAAACCAUUCACCGAUCAGUUAGAGAUAAUCGAUAAUUCGAUGUAUCAAACAUCGAGUACAAAAUCCACUCUCGAGUUUUCUGACAUCGUUCACUUGCCAAUGGAGGAGAUGAAUAAUGCAACGAUAUUCGAAAAAGUUCCAGUCAAGGUUUGGGACGAAUUGGAACAAAACGUGACCUCUGACGAGUCGAGCAUUAGCCGAGUAACGGAAUAUGUACCGAUUUUGACUAUGUUGGUGGGAUCAACGGUGAACGACUCAUUUAUCCAAGCAACGAACGAAGUGUUGUCAUCCACUGAAAAUGAUAUAACGAAAAAAGUAACGGAAGCAAUGUCAUUGGAAACAUCGACUGUAAGAACAAAUACCAAGAUUAGUCAAUCUGAAAGUGUCACGAUAUUAUCUGAAGACACGAUCACCGACACGGUCACGCCAACUGUUAUUACGCAUGCACAAACGGAAUCGAAUGAACAUUUAUCUAAGAGCAAUAUUACCACGCAAUUUUUCGACAAUAGAAACGUAACGAUAUCUGAAAUAUCAGAAGUAACAACUCCUCCCGUUCUUUCUUCAAUAAUUUCAACAUCGACAUUAUUACCGACAAAAUCAACAAACGAUGAACAGUUAAAUAUUUCACAAUUAUUCAACUUGGCAAUGAAUGUGACUAAAGGAAUCGAUUUUUCAACAUUGAUACCACCUGAUGAUUACUUUAAUGUUUCAUUGUCAGUAAAUUCACCUGAUAAUACAUCGGAAGGAAUAUUCAUUAGUACGAUUACAGAUUCUGAUGGCUUUUCAGAAACGACAGACCUUCCUGUUGUCGUAAUCGUUACGAAGAAUAUUACUUUAAAUCAUGAAACAACUUUUAAGCCUACUGAUAGUUCAACAUCCGACGUUGAUAUGGAUAAGUAUGAUGGAAACCGUGAUAGUUUGACGAAUAAGUUAGAAUCAAUCGAAACGAACGAGAAAGAAUUUCUCGCGAUAGAAGAACAGACAUCUCUGGUCGAAACGGAAAUUUCGAAAAUAAAUGAUAUAUCUACUGUACAACCUACAGUAGCAAGCAAUAUGAUGAAUUCGACAUUAACAUCCACUUAUAUAACGGAGACAAAUUUCGUUCGGAUCGAUAGUCCAUCAGUUGAUCCUUCUACCUUAUCCAAUAUGAUUCCUGAAUCUACUAUGGCUACCAAGAUUACCUUCAUCAAUGAUUUAGUAAGUAAUACUUCCACUGAAUCAAAUAUCUAUGUUACGAGUACAACAACAGAAUCUGUAGUCAAAGAACUAAUGAACGAUACGAAGGAAACUUUAAAAACAAAUACAACUUCGGUACCUGUGUUACCCACCAAUGAAGCAAACUUUAUUAAUUAUCACAUUGAAGAUUUCAUUGAAGAUAAUUCUUCAUCUUCUACGAGCCAACAUACAAUAACAACAUCGUUUGUAUCUAAUGAACUGGAUACAGCUACUAAUUUGAUAAAAACCAAUGAUAUGAGGACGACUGAGGCAGGAAUUAAGAAUACCACUAUGAGCUCACAGAUAGAAACAUCGUAUACAACACCAAUUAGCGAUAUAAUUACACAUAACGUACAAACUACCGAAAGCUAUUCAAACAAUAAGACUUCUUCAAGCCUGAAUCUCGAUGUAACGAAUAAGGAAUCUUCGUUUGUACGACAUCAGAACGAUCUCAUUGAAUCGUUAAAUUCAAUAACGACGUUAUUACCUGCGGAGCAAGAAACUGGAACUGAUAAGACGGUCAUAAAUGUCACAACAGGAACGUAUACCACCUUAUUGACUUCAGACACAGUACCUGUAGUAGUUCAAGAACACAUGACGACUUUAAUUGCCGGUGAACAAUCCGUCACGGAAACUUUAUUAAAUAUUCAUGACAACGAGCUGAAAAAUCAUACCGGCUUUGAAUUGGAAGCAUCGUUAAAAGCAAACGAAUCUCGUUAUUCCGAUUCAAAGGAAAAUACAUCUACGCAGAGGUAUUCUACUCCUUAUGUAAAAUUGAAUAUCACUUUUACGAAUGAUUUUUCUUCAACCGAAGCGAGUAACGUAUCUAUAGACAAUGUGAUUACAACGAAGAUUUCGGAGAACACGGAGUCAAUGUCAAAUAGUACUACAAAAAAUCCAUCACAGGAUUUGUAUGUUCAGGUAAACAAAACGAUCGAAGAACUGAUGGAGAACAUUACAACGAUAAGUGAAUCAAAUUGGAUGAUAGACCAAGUAAUGACUAACAUUAGUACAAAUACAAAAGGUAAUAAUACAAACGGAACAUCGUCAGAGAUAAUGGAUAAUAAUACGAAUGACAAUACGAAGGUACAAGUAGAAAGUAAUGAAUCAAUUUUUCUACCUUCGCGUGUUAUUGAAAAAGUAUCGUCGUCGGAAUUAUUGUCACCGUCUGUAUCAAUGACAACGAAGAACUCAUUAGAUUCGCAAUCGACUUCGAAAACCAGUUACAAUGAGAAUAUGAAUGAAAGUUAUUCGGAGGAUAAAACAAAUGAAAAAUGGUUGUUGAUACCUCAUAAAGUAGUCGCAUCAUCGAUCGUCGAAAAAACUACCGUCCAUCCAACGACUCAAAAGAUCGUACAGAAUAUAGCACAUACCUCAGAUGCACGCUUACCCGCUUUAACAUCGGAGAUAAAAUCGAAUGAAAAUAUACCGUUAGAUUCUCCGGCAAGCGUAAACGCUUUAGAUGUUACCGUGACGAAGACUGAAAGCGACAUCGUUAAUUUCUCGAAAAUGUGCAAUAAUUUAGCUUUCGAUUUCUGGAUGGCGGCUAAUAAGGGCCUAAGUACAAACAGAUCCCUGGUUCUUUCGCCCUUCGGUAUGGUCAGUCUACUGGCCAUGAUAUUUUUAGGAGCACGAGGAACGACCUCCGAUCAAAUGAACGAAUUACUUAAGUUGGACGACGUAGCCACCUUUAAUCCACAUUUGGUGUUUCAAAACGUAACCGAUAUGGUGGGAUUGACGAGAGGACAAGGGAUCACAAAUGCUGCCUUCGUUCGUGAACUUUUCGUCGAUAGAGCGAGAGUCAGAAAAACUUUGCCAUUUUACAAAGAACAAGCCCAACAGUUUUACGAAGGUCUUGUUGCCGAGGUGAACUUUGCUACCAUUGGUGAUAUUGUUCGAAGACGAACAAAUUUACUAGUUAGAAAGCAAACAGGUGGUAGGAUAAAGGACUUUAUAAAGGCUAACACGGUACCACUACGAUCUCCUUUAGCUGCUGUAUCAGCCAAUGUUUUCCAAACUAAUUGCAAUUCCAGUUUCGUAAGUUCCGAAGGAAGAGAUGGCGAAUUAUAUUUUGCCGUGUCGCCGGCUAUCAGACAGAGAAAAUUGAUACCUGUACCGGCUAUAGUCUGGCGAUCGAAUAUACUUGCAGGUUACGAACCUAGUUUGGAUGCAACUGCGGUUGCUCUUGGUAAAGUCGAAAAUCUUGUUACAACGGUGUUCUUACUGCCUGGACAACAAGGCCAUAUAGCUCCAGGUGAUACUUUGGAUCGUCUUGAAAGAAGAUUAAUAGCAAGUGCUUCUCGUGACAAUAAUUGGAACAGGCUUUUGAAAAUAUUACUUCCUAGGAAUAGUUUAGAACUCCAAAUACCUAAAUUUACUCAUAGAUCUGUCAUUAAUGCAACAGCAGCUCUUAGAAGAAUGGGUUUCGAUAGGCUGUUCACCGAACAAGCUGAUUUAAAGGGCAUCAAUGGAAUUGGAAAUCACUUACAUCUAUCCGACAUACUACAGAUUAAUUUGUUCGGCACGUGUGGCGAUGAGAAUCCAACGAAUGGAAGACAUCACAUGGAAACGUAUCCAGCGACCCCAAUAAAAAGAGCUCGUUUAUAUGAGAGAAUUUCUGUAAAUUCGAACAGUACGGUCCUAGAUACAGAUCGUCAAUCUAACCCCCUAGAUUACUUAAAAGUAAAUACUUCGAAAUCGAUGUUCGGUAAGACCGAUAAAAGAAGAAAGCGACAUGCAGAUAAUGCUAAGGUAAUGAUGAGAUCGGAAAGAUCGCGAUUGAAACUCGACAGGCCUUUCUUAUAUUUCGUACGUCACAAUCCUACUGGUUUGAUACUUCACAUGGGAAGAUUCAAUCCAAGACUUUUGCCCUAGCUCGUCUACAAUAUCGUUCAUGGAAAUACGACAUUUAUCUUGAUCGAACACCAUCGUUAUGUAGUAUCAUUAUCGUAUAUGUUGGUUUUCGAUCGACACGUCGAAUAAUUUUUAUUGUUAAUUUAAGAUGCGACAAUGCUUAAAAGCAACUCGAUGUAUAUUAUAGCAAAAAAAUAAUUAAGUAUUAUAAAAAAGAAGUUAGUCAAAUGCAAUAAUAUAGAUUGCGACCUUAUUAUCAUUCGUAAUUAUUAAAAAAUAAUUUUAUAAAAUAUGCAAUUUUUCUGUGGUGCAAUAGAAAAAUAAUAGUUACAUAUUUAGAAUAACCAAACUUUACAAUGGAAAUAUCAAAGUAUUGAAAUAAACGUAAAGUCGUAAGCAUGUUAAAUACGUAACUUUUGUAAUCAUUACAAUGGAAAAAUUGUAUUUUUUAAUAUAAUCGCCUAAUAGUUGGAAAAACUAAUUAUUUACAAAGUUGCUUUUUAUACCCUAAAACUUGCUAUUAUGACUCAGGACAAUGUCAAGACAGUCUUCUUAUCGUGUCAACGUGACAAUAACUGUUCUUAGCAUAAAUUAUAUCAAAUACAUCAAAGUAAAUAAAACUUAUUGAAAUAAAAUUGAUAACUACAA